AUGGAUAUCCCCUCGUUCUCUACUACUGCAACUCCUCGCCGCUGUACAAUUACAGUACCCAAGAUAUCGGCCGCGGCACCUGUUUUAAACACCGGAUACCCAAACUUGACUGUAGUUUUGGAUGCAAAAUCCUCGAUUGCACCGAGGAAAAUUGCCUCCUUUCGUUUUCUCUGUCGGAAUAAGCCUCUGAUUGUUCGUCUCUCCCGUUUCCUUGCCAGGGCUUCUUCUGUCGAGAGUGGUUCUGUAAACAAUCUGGACCCUGUAGAUGAUGAUGAUAAUGAUGGUGUUGUUGAGGAGUGCAUAGACGAAACGUAUGACUUAGUGUCUGAUUCUGAAAGUGGGGACGAUUGCAUCGAGAUAGAAAUUGAGAAAAUAGGCAAGAAUAGCCGGAGAAUUAGAUCCACGGUAGUCAUACAGGCCAGCCUCCAAGCAGUCUGGGAUUUACUGACUGAUUAUGAAAGAUUGUCCGAUUUCAUUCCAGGCCUCGCAGUCAGCAAGUUGCUUGAUAAGAGAGGAAAUUUUGUUCGUCUCUAUCAGAUUGGUGAGCAGAAUUUGGCAUUCGGGCUGAAAUUCAAUGCAAAAGGCACGAUUGAUUGUUUUGAGAAAGAUCUCGAGACUCUUCCCUCUGGUCAAAAGCGCGAUAUUGAGUUCAAGAUGGUUGAGGGCGACUUCCAACUCUUUGAAGGAGUAUGGUCUAUUGAACAGAAUGACUCAGGACUUGAAACGACCCUUGUGUAUAUUGUUAAUGUGAAACCAAAAGUGUGGUUGCCUGUGCGCCUGGUUGAAGGUAGACUCUCAAAGGAGAUAAGAUCAAACCUCUCGUGCAUACGUGUAGAAGCCGAGAAAGCAUUCCGGAAUACACAUUCUGGAUUGUAG